AAUGGCUACUGAUAAUUAGAAAAUGGAAUUACUUGAAAUUUUGAGAGUAAUAACAAAGCUUUUUACUAAGGACUUAGAUGUAGUCUCAUUAGUAAUUAGAGAUAUCAGAAUGAAUAGUGAACAUAUGUAGAUAAUUGCUUAAGGAAUAGCAGUUGUUUAAUCUUUAAAGGAAUUACGUAUAAUAUAAUGUUUAAUGACUUCUAAUCAUUUUAGCAUAUUAUAACCAUCAUUAAUAUAGAAUUCAUCAUUACAUAUUCUUGAUUUGUCUCAUAAUUAUUUAACACAUUAAAUUGGGGUUUUAUUGGGAUAAUUAAUAUAGGAACAUAGUAAACGAAGAGACAAUGUAGAAUAUUUAUACAGAAUAAAAGGAGAAUGUCCUGAAGAAGACAUUUCUAAAAUAGGAUUAGAAGAAUUGGAUUUAUCAUAUAAUAAAUUAAAUGAUUAAUUUGUAAAAGAUAUUGUACCAUUUUUGGAAAGAGAUAGAUGGAUUAAAUAAAUAAAUCUUAAGUAUAAUGCAAUUUAAAAAGAAGGUUUUGAGAUAUUAAUAUAAUUACUUGAUAAAAAUUAAACAAUUACAAGUUUAGAUAUAAGAAGAAAUCUUGGAUCUACAUAAUAAUUUUAGAAAGAAGUAUUAAAAAAAUUAAUAAGGAAUAAGAAUACAAAAAAUGAUAUAUAAUAAUAGAGAUUGGAUGAUGAUAAUGAAAAUAUUUCAGUUAAUGUUUCUGCUAUACCUUAAAAUUUAUAAUCUGUUAUUUCAGAUUAAGAAAGUCCUGUUAUGUCUUUUGGUGUAUUUGAACCUAAUAAUCUUACUAAAUAAAUGUCAAAUUCAGGUAGAUAAGAUUAAUUGAAAUUUAAAUCUGGAUUUAAAAAUAAUGAUUUUGGUUGUUCUGAUUGUAAUCGUUUAUAAAUAAAAUCAAAAAAAUAAUAAUAAAUUAUUCAAUUAUUGAAAUAAGAAGUUCAAUUUUUAAGAUUUUAACUUCAAAGUAAAUCAUCAUAAUUACCUGAAUAAUAAUAGUAAUAAUAAUCAUAAUAAUAAGUUAUAAAUGAAUUAAAUUUCUCAGAAAAUAAUCAUAAUCCUCCACCUUAAGAGAUUGAAUAAGAUGAUAUGGUAAAUAAAAUAGAAUAUAUGAUGAAUGAUUUAACUAGAAUGAUGGAUGGAUUAGAUGUUUAAGGAAGUGUAACAAAUAAUCUAAAUGCACAUUUAUCUAGUACUUUGAUAGUAUAGGAUUAUACAAGAGCAAUUUUUGAAAGAGAAGAUAGAGCAAAUGAUUUAAUGAAUAUUUUAGACUAGAAUAGUAAUAAUAACCUAUCAUAAUCUUCAGAUGAAGAAUAAUAAUGA